CUCUCUGCGGAGGGACCGCUCCAUUCAUAGGGCAGGGCAGGCAGGCGAGCAGGCUUGGCAGCAGAAACAUAAAGCGACACAAACACCGUCUGCGACGAGGUGUGGAACCGAAACGAUGGUCUUGCGUUAAACCCACCAGCCUUUCCCCCCUUACACCCGCGAAAUCUUCGCUGGCCAUUUUUUUUUCUUCCAUCGGAAAUAUCACGAAACCAAACCUUUACCUUCUCCUCAGAAAUGGACCUCUAGAGUCUCGGCUGAAUGAUCCCAUCCUUGUUUUUUGCCGCGGAAAUAGACUGACUUCCUCGUCGCCUGUUCAUCUGCUGCCGCAGACCUACCCCUUCAUUUGACUCAUUUGGCCCAGACCGUCUGCAGACUCACUGGCUCAGGCAUCUGGACACAUCGGGGCUGCUUUUGCCAUCUUUGGGGGAUACAGGAAAAAAAAAAAGCAAAAAAAAAAAAAACGUGCUGGUUUGUGCUUCUUUCGCUGCCUGUAUGAUGCCGACACAUUUGCGUUUCCGGAGAAGGUCAUUCCUUGGGCUUUUAUUCCUUUUUUCACUCUCCACCUCGGUACUCUAUUUCAUCUACUCCGCCCCCGGAAUCGUGAAUGAGUAUGUGUUCAUGGUCCAAGCCAGAGGAAUUCAGAUCAGAGAGAACGUGAAGAACAUAGGGGCUCAGGUUCUGGAGCAAGUUGUGAGAGGGGCCUACAGCAUCAAUGGCACAGAUUAUUCCUAUGACUUCAACUUCAGUGAGAGCGAUGCUCCUCCCACCACAUACCUCCCUGAGGGUUUCACAUACCUCCCUUCGCAGGUUUGCCCCGAGAAGCUGCCCUCUAUGAAGGGCAGGUUGGAAGUGAACAUGACUGAAAUAUCUCUGGAGGAGGUCGAGCGGUCGUUGCUGGAGAGAGUGCCCCGUAUGGCCCGGGGAGGCUUCUGGAAGCCCAAAGACUGUUUACCUCGCUGGAAGGUGGCAGUCCUCGUUCCAUUCAGGAACCGUCAUGAACACUUGCCCAUCCUACUGAGACACCUGGUGCCUGUGCUGCAAAAGCAGAGACUCCAGUUUGCCUUUUAUGUCAUUGAGCAGGGAGGAACAGAACCAUUUAACAGAGCCAUGUUGUUCAACGUGGGCUUUAAGGAGGCCAUGAAGGACCUGGACUGGGACUGUCUGAUCUUCCAUGAUGUUGAUCACCUCAUGGAGAACGACAGGAACUACUACGGCUGCACAGACAUGCCUCGACAUUUUGCUGUCAAACUUGACAAGUACUCCUACAUGCUUCCGUAUAAUGAGUUCUUUGGUGGUGUCAGUGGCCUGACGGUGAAGCAGUUCAAAAGAAUUAAUGGAUUUCCCAAUGCGUUUUGGGGCUGGGGAGGCGAGGACGAUGACCUCUGGAACAGGGUGCAGUUUGCCAAUUACAGUGUAAGCAGACCGUAUGGAGACCUGGGACGCUACAUGUCCAUCCCGCAUCACCAUCGCGGAGAAGCCCAGUUCCUGGGAAGGUAUAGUCUACUACGUCACUCAAAGGAGAGACAGAGUGUGGAUGGUCUUAAUAAUCUAAACUACUCGCCCCUAAUUUCAAGAAGUCCCCUCUUCACCAACAUCACAGUCAGCUUGAGCAGAAAGCUUGCACCCGUGGCUGACUACUGACGUAGGCAGAGCUGGACUGCAAAACACCUGGGAAUCAAAAGUCCUCUGGGACAUCAGCCAUAUCUCACCAGUUGCGGCACUGCUUAGGACAUUUUUUUUUUCUUUUUUGUUUUGCUUUGUGUUUUUUGUUUGUUUGUAUGCAAAAAAAAAAAAAGAAAAGGAGACUAAAAUUAGUAUGUUUGAUAAUUCAUCUAAAAAAAUAGGGAUAAAUGCUGCACUUAUUCGUGCCACAGUUCAUUACUCUUCAUCUGGGCUUGUGUACACGUCAGUCUCCACAUGCCUUUUGCACCAUUUUGGCCUUCAGCAUCCCAUUUGUCAAGUUUGUUCCUUAUUUUUCGCUCUUGAUUAGCUCUGCCCUGAGCUGUUGUGCUUGAUUACUGAAUUAGGUUACACAUUCAAGCGCGCACACACUGGCUAUACAUGUAGGCACACAGGAAUAUGUACUUGCAUGUGCUCACAUGGGGGGCAGGAGCUGGGAUUUAUAUCUUUUUUUAUUAUUAUUAUUAUUUUGGUUCUACUCUUCUGAUUUCGUAAAUGCAGUAAGCCUGUGG